AUGGGGAGACGGAACCUGGGCCCAUCCACUCGUUCUAUCUAUCUUUGCCUGGCCUGUCUGUCCCUUGCUCUGCACAUCAUUCUAGCAUUCUUUUGUCUCACUGUCCUCCAAACAGCUUGUGUUCUUCCCAAUUCAUCUUCCUCCUCCUUAAAUCCAAGAACAUAUAACCAGAAGCAUCAGUCCUCCUCGUCACAUAAACUAUCAAUAAGUUACCAGAAUGAUGCCAUUGCCACAGAGAAGAAAAUGAUUGGCAGUGGAAGAGUAAAUCAAGUCAUCGAGGGGGCCACGAAGCUGGAGGCACUUUUCAAGCACCCACUGUACAAUCUGCCAGAAGUAGGGUUGCUGGAGGAGGACUGGCUGCUAAGGGUGACGAAAAACGAGCAUGUGGGUGAUGACAUGGAGGAAGACAUCAAUAGUGACAGUCAUUGGCAGAGUACGGGUCAAGAAGAAGGCUACGACAAAGUCUCUUGGACCAGCGACGCAGAGACGCACCCACUCUGGUUGCAAUUCCACUUGGGCAUUACUCGGAGGAAACUAUACAACAGAAAGGACCUCACUGUGGCAAAGAUGACUCAUUACUUGGCAACGCAACACAUCCUUGGAGCAGUUCAAAAGUCAGGAGGCACUCAGCUCAAACUGCUGGUAUCUUUCCCAAACUAUGGACAAGCUCUGCUCAAACCUAGAAAACAAUCCAGAGAAGCAGAGACAGAUGUGAACCUCUUUUACUUCUCCGACUUUGAAAGACACAAUGCAGAGAUCGCAGCUUUUCACCUUGACAGACUGCUGGGCUUCAACAGAAUCCCCCCAGUGGUCGGUCGUCUCAUCAAUGUCACCAGUGAGAUCAGAGAGAUUACCACUGAUCGCAAACUGUCUCGCACCUUCUUCACUUCCCCUGCGGGGAAUGUGUGUUUCUAUGGUCAGUGUGACUACUACUGCUCAACAGAGCACCCACUGUGCGGUCAACCUCACUCACUGGAGGUAUCUUUGGCGGCCAUGUUACCUGACCUCAGCCUUGCUCCGCGCAGGUCGUGGAGGUCACCAUGGAGACGAUCAUACAGCCGCACCAAACAGGCCCAGUGGGAAAAAGACCCAGCCUACUGUGACACCGUCAAAGAGACGCCUCCUUACAACCACGGCACCAGACUGGUGGAUGUUAUAGACAUGGCUAUAUUGGACUUUCUCAUGAGCAACAUGGACAGACAUCACUAUGAGACAUUUGAGAAAUUUGGCAAUGAAACUUUUCUGCUGCAUCUGGAUAAUGGACGAGCGUUUGGACGUCACUCUCAAGAUGAGCUAUCAAUUUUAGCUCCCUUACAACAGUGCUGCAGAAUCCGUCGCUCCACCCUCCUUCGUUUGCGUCUCUUGUCCAAUCCAGUAUUCCGUCUGAGUGAUGUCAUGCAGCAGUCGCUGGCCCAGGAUCCUCUUGCAACAGUUGCUCCUCUUCUGUCUGAGCCACACCUCGCUGCUUUGGACCGACGCUUAGCAACUGUCCUACAGGUGGUGGAGACCUGUGAGGAGCACCGGGAUGAUGUCAUUUUCAAUGACUUGGGAACAUCAAACUAA